GCGGAGUAGCGGCGGUUGCUUACUGGUGGGAAACUUGUUCCUCCUCUUGUCAAGUGUGCUGUGUGUCCUGUGUCCCCACAAGAAAACAUGGCCCUCUGUUACCAAGCUUCGACCCUUUCUCUAACUCUGCCGAUUUCGUGUCAAAUAUGCCUCGGAAAGGUCAGACAGCCGGUUAUUUGUGCCAACUACCACGUGUUCUGUUCAGUCUGCAUGGAAAUGUGGUUAAGGAAAGCCAGCCAGUGUCCCACCUGCAGAGUCCCCAUUACCGCAGAGAACCCGUGCAGGGAAAUAAUCGGAGGAACAAAUGAGGGUGACCACAAAGAUAGUCCUUCAAUGAGAAAAUGUCUUAGGAAAACCAGAGGAGAACUGCUUUUUCAAGAGUAUGAGGAAGAGUUGGAAGGGCUCAUGAGGGAAAAUGAGGAACUGAAAACAAGAAACCAGAGUCUGGAGGAACAACUGAGGACUGCUUUGCAUCCCUGCAGUGUUGAUACAGUGCAGACUGAUGACAAAAGGGUUCCCCCCCAUGUUGUGGAGGAAUGGAAGAACAAGCUGCAAGCUGCCACAGAUGUUUGCGAUCAAAUAAAGCUGGACAUGGGAAAACUGAAAGAGGCAAAUAAGACCUUGCGAUCUCAAAAUAUUGACCUCGUACAGGAGAAUAUGAGAUUGAAAGGAGAGGUGGCAAGCAGAUCUCCACAGAAGUUUGGUCGAUACACCGUGGCUGCUCUGGAAGCUAAAAUCCUGCAGUAUGAGCGUGAUGUCGAUCAUUUGAAAAGGGCCCUGGAACGCAGUGAUCAGUACAUCGAUGACCUGGAAACUCGGGUCAGAAGUUCUGAUAAGAGGCACGUUGAAGUGCAGGAGCCUUGUGGGAACAGCAAGGCCGCUGCUGACACUUUCACUCAGCAACAGAAAGUCAACAUGAUGCUGAGAAGCUUGAGUGAUAACGAGCGAAAGCUGAUCUGCAGCAAUCCAGAGGCCGAGGGCCGAACAUUCUCCAGAAACAAUAGUUUGGUCUUCUUGCCUUCUGCGGAGAAAGAGCUGGACAAGAAUCUCUCUGGAGGAGAACAAAAAAACGAGGACUCCGAAAGCACCUCCUCCGACUUCUUACCCACCACUCCGUCCACGGCAUUUCGAUCCCUGACCCUCAGAAGUCCGGGCAUCCGGGAAAAGAAAGUUGCAUUUAAACCUGCUCCUUAUUUGAGGAAGCUCGAUUUUGAAGAAUGCGCAAGUCCCGGGAAGACGAGCAGCGACUUUGAGAACCAAUUCAGCAGCCUUGAGAAAUUCUCCAAAGGCUUGCAGCCAAGUGAUACAGAAUCUUCUAAGUCUGUCUUUUGGGGUUGUUGGCAGAGGGAAAAUUCCGUUGACUCGUCGUGUCCCGGUCCAAGUAAAGAAAGCUCGGUGCAGGAAUCCACAUCUGCCGAUUGUGGGUGGGACAACGCGGACAGCUUCCAGAUGUCCAGCGAAGCCUCCAUGGACGCAGCUUACUUGGAUAAGAUCUCAGAGUUGGACUCCAUGAUGCUGGAUGGAGAGAGCUGCAGCAGCCGGGGAUCCCAGCUCUCCCUAGGCUCCUCCCCUCUCAUAGACUUGGACAGCACUCUUGUGCCAGAGCCCAAAACCUGCCCGGAUGCCAAGGCGGCAGUCCAAAGCGAGCCUAAGACCCAGCAACCAGAUGACAGUUUGGACGCCCCCCCAAACGCCGAUGAAGGUCCCGCUGCUCAGGAGUCGGGGAGGAAAGACGACUCCAUCGUGUCCGGGAGCUCAGAGCCCGAAGGGCCGUCUCAGACCGAAGAGCUGUCUUUUGAUUUGUUGUUUGAUCCUCUUGAAGAGGUUAAGGCCGGUCCCGCUGACUCUCUCAGUCCCACAAACCAGGAUCACGUAAACCCUUCCUCCCCUUCCUCUUCCCCUGGCUGCAGUGGCAGUAAACCUGCGAACACAAGAGAGAGACACCCACUGAUCAGCAGCCAGCCGGCCAAGAGAAAAUCCCACAGUCCCUUUAACUCAAACAGCCCCACCAAACUUUCAAAGCUCAUGUGAAGGAUUCAGAGAUCCAAUCGGCGCGUUCUCCAUGUCAUGUGUCGUGUUCGGGUCAGGUUUCACUACUGCAUUUGGUCAGAAAAUACUGCUCUAUAUUCCUCAGAAUAAAUGAACGGGUUUGAUUCUAGGGUGUAACUUAUUGUCUCGCCUUUAUCAUGAUUCUGCUGUGAUGUGAACUGAUGUAAAUAAGUGGAAGUCUGUCAUAGAAUCUAAGCAUAGUUUGGGUCACUGGUAGUUGAGCAAUGAUGAAGGUCUGGUAUUACAUCCCACAAAAUCUGUCUGGACAUCACAUUCAGUGCCAAUACAUGUUUGUUUGUUUUGUUUUUUGUCAAAUGUAAGACUACGUGUCUGUUGUAAUUUCCUGC